AUGUUGCACAAGCUGUUAGUUUCCCAUGUGGAAACGCCGCCUGGCUUGGAUUACAUUGGCGGCUUCUGUGGGGGCCUUAUGAACGACUACCGUCGGCGCUGCGCGUACUGCCGGUCAGACUGGCUGACGGAUGUGCUGAAGGGGAAGACGGUCUCAGGUGCUUUGUUCCUGUUCUUCGCCACCUUUACCUCCACCUUGGCCUUGGGCAAGCACAUCAAUGAUGUUACCCAUGGAGUCAUCGGCAUCAACGAGUACCUGAUUAUGAACAGUAUCUCAGGGAUGCUGCAUUCUGUUCUUGGUUGCCAGCCCUUGCUGGUUCUUCGGCCCACUGGACCAAUCACGUUGCUCAUUGAGAAGCUCCAUGAAGUCAGUGAGUGGCUCGUGCUACCCUUCUGGCCUUUGUUUGCCUGGACUGGGAUUUUUGUGGGUCUGUAUAUGUUUCUCAUCGCAGCCACGGAGCUCAGCCGAUUCAUCAAGUACGUGACGCCAUUCACGGAGAACAUCUUCGCAACGUUUAUCGGAACGGUCUACAUCAAUGACGGAAUUCAGGGCAUGAUCCGCGUGUGGAACAGUGGCACCGCGGAUGUUGCAGCUCGAAAGCUGCUUGUUUUCAACAUGACCCUGGGCUGCACAGCUCUGGCCUACUACCUCAGCAAGAUCCCGAGCACGGCUUGGGGUACCUAUACCAUCCGAAAGCUACUGUCAGACUAUGCUCUCACAAUUUCAGUGUUCGUGCUGGCGAUCGUGGGUGCAGUCCUAGAUGCGCACUUCUUCCCCGUGGAAUUCAUUGACACCAGCAGCACAGGCCUGACCACGACCGAUGGACGUCAGUGGAUGACGGACAUGGGGAGCAUCACUGGGACCGGCAUCCUUGCGGCGGCUGUCGCAGCCAUCCCGAUCGUGAUGUUCUUUUACCUGGACCAGAAUAUCUCCAGCCUCAUGUGCCAGAAACCCGAGCAAAUGCUCGGAAAGGGAGCCUACUUCCACUCCUCCUUUGCGUGCAUGGCCUUGUUCAACUUGCUGGGACCUAUUUGGGGUUUGCCCUUCGUCACAGGCUCCCUACCUCAUUCUCCUCAGUUUGUGGGCGCCAUGACGGAGACCGACGAAGAUUACAGGCCUACCGGCGUGGUGGAGAACCGUGUGGCCCCGUUCAUCGGCUACCUUCUGAUGGGCGUAGCUCUGUUUCUGCCGGACCUGUUGAACAAACUGCCAGAGACGGCCGUGAGCGGUGCCCUCAUAUAUGUGGGCUUGAAGGCUGCUUUGGGUACACAACUAUGGGAGCGCUUCUUACUGUUAUUCACUGACCCAUACAAGCCACGCUUGGGCAAAGGCUACAGCCACUUGCCCCUCAAGACCGUCCAUGGCUUUACUUUGCUUCAGAUUCUCAUGGUGGUUGGUUGCUGGCUCUGCAACAUCUAUAUCGGCCUUGGGUUUCCGGUCUUUGUUGCGAGUCUCAUUCCGAUCCGCUUCAAAGUCCUCCCCUUGAUCUUCUCGAACGAGGACAUCGAUGCCCUGCUCGCGGAGGAAGGCGAGCCACCCAAGAAGAUGCCAGACUCAGACGUGGACCAGUUGGCAAAUAUUGAGGAUGCAGAAGGUGAGGACACGGAGAAAGCAAUGGGAGCUGAAAAGGAUGAGACUUCCUCGCGACAGUGUUUGUAG